AGGCCCCCCGGAUGAGCUGCCCCGUGAAGCGCCUGCAUUUGAAAAGCCGUCGGAAGCGCCCGGGGCCGACACGAAUCCUUCCUGUAGUAGUCGGUAGUGUGUAACGUGACUCGGCGGCGGUGUAAGGAUUGGAUUUAGCGUGUGGCGGGACGGGGUUGGGUGAGACAUUGCAGACAGGCGGGAGGAGGGGCAGCCAGUACGACUUCAGCUUGUUGUGACGGGAGAAGCCGGACAAGGAAGAGGGUGACCGGGGCCCGACAGAGCCCACCGCCGCCAGCAUGCCGCUCUUCAGCGCCAACCCCUUCGAGCAGGAUGUGGAAAAAGCAACAAAUGAAUAUAAUACUGCAGAAGACUGGGGUCUCAUUAUGGAUAUCUGUGAUAAAAUUGUUAAUACACCUAAUGGCGCUAAAGAAGGCCUUAAAGCUAUAAUGAAAAGAGUGAAUCACAAAGUCCCUCACGUAGCUUUACAAGCACUGACAUUAUUAGGAGCCUGCGUAUCCAACUGCGGAAAAGCCUUUAAUCUAGAAAUAUGUUCCAGAGACUUCGCAAGUGAAGUGCGAGGAGUUAUAAAUAAGGCUCAUCCAAAGGUAGUUGAGAAACUAAAAGCUCUGAUGGUGGAAUGGGCAGAAGAAUUCCAGAAAGAUCCCCAGUUCAGCCUGAUAUCGGCCACCAUUAAAUCUCUGAAGGAAGAAGGAGUGACUUUCCCAACGUCUGGCCCUCAGAGCACGUCAAAUACACCUAAAAGCGUGACAUCAACCAGCAAAAAUAAAGAAGAUGAUGAUAUUGCGAAGGCAAUUGAAUUAUCUUUACAAGAGCAGAAGCAGCAGCCAGCAGAUACCAAAUCUUUAUACCCAUCGGUGGAGGUGCCGCAUGACGGUCAGCGCAUGCCUAGAAAAGUGCGGGCUCUUUAUGAUUUUGAAGCCGUGGAGGACAAUGAGCUGACAUUUAAAAGCGGAGAAGUCAUUUUUGUGCUGGAUGAUAGUGACGCAAACUGGUGGAAGGGAGAGAACCACAGAGGUGUAGGAUUAUUCCCAUCUAACUUUGUUUCCUCCACUCUAAAUGCUGAACCUGAAGCAGUUGCUGCUGAAAAUCCUGCUCCUUAUGAUGAACCUCCAGAAACUGUGACAAAGUCGGAACCUGAACCAGUGUACAUAGAUGAAAAUAAAAUGGACCAGACAUUACACACACUUCAGAGCAUCAAUCCGACUGACCCCAAGCCAGAUUCGGUCACUCUUCUCGAUUUGGAAGAUGUCUGCCAACAAAUGGGUCCAAUGAUCGACGAGAAAUUAGAAGAGAUUGACAGGAAGCACUCAGAACUGUCUGAACUUAAUGUGAAGGUCCUGGAGGCACUGGAACUGUACAACAAGCUAGCGAACGAAGCUCCAAUGUACAAUGUAUACAACAAGCCCCCUCCACAGACGCAUUAUAACCCGCCAUCAAUGGGGGUUUCUCUGCAGGGUUAUGCUGGUCAGGCUCCGGGAGCUACUUAUAUGGUACAUGGUAUACCCCAGGUACACCCUGCUUAUAGCAUGAACCCCGACCAGAUUGGACCCCUUAGAUCUAUGCCACCAAAUAUGAACUCCACUGUCACUACUCAAGCAGCUCAAGCCCCUUACUUGAGCACUAAUCAUGAUGGAAGCUCAAACCCGCCAUACCUAAACCAGACCACAGGUCCCAGAGCAGCAAAUUACAGCCAGCCAAUGGGAAUGUCUGCAGAUAUGGCAGCAUAUCAAAACACUACAUCUGCUUUGCCUCCGGGAUCUGCCUACUCAGCAGCUGCCCCUUUACACUCAAUCCCCCAACAGCCCCCAAAUUACUACCAGCAGCCUCUACUCUGAUACCCUCAUAGACCUCUCUAAGGCUAUCCUUAUGUCGGUCACAAGCCUCUUAAGUCAUAACUCCAUAAUAACGGUAGCAGACAUACUAGAAAAGGGGUAUUCUCACGUAAAAUGGACCAUGAACAGGUGCAAGAUUCCAACAAUACAAGCCCGCUGUUUCCCCUUCACGGACGCACUUACCACUUGUUUUUAUUUGCAGUUACAGGAGCUUCCUGCGACCAUUAGGCUGAUUUAGUGCCGCCUUGUAUUGAGCCGCUCCAGCUGCAAAAGGUUAUGUAGAAAUUACAGUGGCAGAGAUUUGCCAACUGGUUCGAUUAAAGAGAUUUAAAAAUAGCAGAGCUUUUAAGUAGCACUUUAUGCAGCUAAAAGACUUAAAGGGGCGACCAGUUAAAUAUUUUCAUUGUUGUUCUUCCUUCUGUCUGACUGAUUCCCCUAUGUACAGUGAGAAAUUCUUGUUUAAAGCAGAAUUGACUGUUUUUAAUACUGUGUCUGUAAUCACAUGCUAGCCUGACUUUUCUCUGUUUGCCUGCAACAUUGCAAGAAGGAAAAAGCUCUCCUCUUGG